UGGACGCCUUUCGCAUUCCCACCGAAACCAACCCACCUCGAAGUAGCGCCGAAUAACCUAAACCUAGAUCUCGGUGGUGCGAAUCCUUGGGCGAGGGGAGCCAUGGCCGUGGCUGCCGACGUCGUAGCGAGAACCCUGGCGGUGGUCCUGGCGGUGGCUUUGCUGUCGCCCCGGUUGGUCUCGUCCAACUCCGAGGGGGACGCGCUCUACGCGCUGCGGAAGAGCCUCUCGGACCCCGAUAACGUGCUGCAGAGCUGGGAUCCGACGCUCGUGAACCCGUGUACUUGGUUCCAUAUCACCUGCAAUCAGGACAAUCGUGUCACUCGCGUGGACCUGGGCAAUUCAAAUUUGUCUGGCCAUCUUGUACCUGAGCUUGGACGUCUAGAACAUUUGCAAUAUCUGGAACUUUACAAAAACAAUAUUCAAGGGGCAAUACCAGCAGAGUUUGGUAAUCUGAAGAGUCUCAUCAGCCUGGACUUGUAUAAUAACAACAUCUCAGGGGUUAUCCCGCCAACAUUAGGGAAGCUGAAGUCUCUUGUAUUCUUACGGCUCAAUGAUAACCGUUUGACUGGUCAAAUUCCAAGGGAACUUGUUAAAACUUCCAGUCUCAAAGUCGUAGAUGUAUCAAACAACGAUCUUUGCGGAACAAUUCCGACCACUGGACCAUUUGAACACAUCCCAUUAAACAACUUUGAGAACAAUCCACGUUUAGAAGGUCCGGAGUUGCAGGGGCUUGCAAUGUACGACACCAACUGCUGAAAGGUCUCGACGACACAAGAUGCACUUUGUUGGCACGAUACGUUUGAGAAUAGCUCCUCUCAUAUACUGGACUUGCCUUUUAGUAUGAUGAAUGUAAUUUAUCUUUGUCUGUGACCACCGCCCUUCAAAACAGAGUUGUCGUAUGCUUAUGUAGAUAGGUGUAUUAAAGAUGAUUCCUUGUUCUCAAUAAAAGUUGGAUUAUGCUUCA